UUGGGUUCAUUUUUUCGAGAUUCUUUCACCGGUGUACAUGUUUCAUAAAUUUUGUAAUUUUCUAAUUAAAAUACAAUAACUUAAACUUCAAAAUUACAAUGGUCUUCUUUACUUGCAAUCACUGUGGUGAAUCCGUUAAAAAACCAGCAGUAGAGAAGCACUACAACACAAGAUGCCGCGGCGCCCCAAAAAAUGUUUCAUGUAUGGAUUGUCUAAAAGAUUUUGGAGAUAACUAUGUGGCACACACGAAAUGUAUUACAGAAUUACAGAAAUAUUCCGGUAAAGAUUAUGUACAUAAGGAAGCGAAGAAUAGUGGUGCUAAAAAACAGGAAGGUUGGAUGGACAUCAUACGUGCUAUACUGGACUCCAGCGAGUACAAGCUGAGAGAACAGACACGUGAAGCAUUUCAACGUCUACAGAGCGUCGAUAAUGUACCACGGAAGAAGGCUAAAUUCCAAAACUUUGUGAAAAAUUGUAUGCACAUGCCAAUGCGCCUAGCGGAGGAGGUAUGGAAAGUGCUGGAAAAAGAGCAGGAAAAGAUGAAGGUAGCGAAGCAACAAGAGAAUGAUGCAGCAGCAGCAAAGAAGGAAGAAGAACCUAAACAAAACGGUGUAAAACGUGAGGCAACUGAGGAAGCUGAAAAUCAAGAGCCUGUAAAGAAAAAAUCUAAAAAGAAUAAAACAGAAAAUGGCAGCCUGCAAGGGGAGGAAAGCAUUGAAAGUGCUGAACCUAAAAAGAAGAAAUCAAAGAAGCAAGAACUUAAUGUUGACUCCACUGUAGCAGCUGAAACAAAUGGAACCGAUGAACCUGCCAAAAAGAAGUCAAAGAAGCAAAAGCAUAUUGCACAAGAGGCAGAAAGCGAACAAGUAGUUGCGAAUGACACAACAUUAGAAGCUAAUACAGAAGCUAACGAUGAUUUCGAAUGGAGUGAGAUAUUAAAUAAAAUUGUACAAAAGAAUGCUGAUGGCAUUGCGUUGGAAAAGCUUAAAAAACGUGUAUUAAAGAAAUACGCUGCCAAAAUUGGCAAUGAAGAAUUAACCGAGAAACAGCAAAAGAAAUUUGAAAAGAAGUUUUCCAAAAAUUUGAAGAAGUGCUCGGCGGUGCAGGUUAUAGGCGAACUUGUAAAAGCUUGCUGACAUUUGCUAACUGAAAGUAAUGCAGUCAAUU